AUGUGCGUGACAGUGGUGAGGAGAAUUGUUGGGUGGACUAAUCAUAUUCACGCAUAUGUAGAGUUCAGCAAGAUUUUGCUAGCUGAAAUCAGAUUCUUUGUUGGCUCAUCUCCAAAGCAAGAUUUGCUUCAAAAAUCUUUGCACAUUGAAGCUCAUUCAGUUCAGGAUCUCACACUUGCCUCCAGUGAUGAUAAUAACCCAAGCGGCUCCAAAUCUGCACAAGAUUACAAUGGAAUCUGUGGGUGA